UCGAGGUCGAGGAGCAAGAGGGUGCUAAGCCCGGCCCUCGAAUCAAUGCUCUUCGAUUUCGAACCUGCGACGAGAUCAGAGAUGCCCUAGGAAGACGGCACGUUGAGAGAGUCAUUAGACAGGCGGACCUCGGAGCGCUCCUGCUUUCCUUGCGCACGCUACCCAGCCUCGCUCGUUCGCGUCUCGGGUUGAUGCGCCUGGUCGCUGCGAGCUACCCAGACCUGGCAUCAAGGCACAUCAAGACAAUGGGGCUUGGAGGUCUAUAUUCUGAUCAUCAGGAGCUCGACACCGUUAGCCUCCGUCGGCUCGUCGAUCCCCGCGUGAGCGAGAGACUAGUCUUACAAAACUCAAAAGGAGCACGCUUGGCCAUCAUCUUUGCCAUCGUCUUUGACCAGUGGGGGCAUGCGAGACCCAAAGUACGCGUAGAGCCGCUGCCGCCUCUUGGUUCCGAGCUGAAUCUAUCGGCCAAUGCCAAGAGGGUCAUCGACGAGAUGCCGGCAAGAUUCGCUCAUCUUUGCGCUCAUGCUCCGCUCAAGGAUGGACGAGGCAUCGCCACUGCCACACAGGUUACAAUCUGCGCCUUUUUCGACGUUGUAUAAAUACUCAGCUUCCUUAGCACGCCUCGCCAGAUGGUUGCCCACGCUGGUCUAGAAUUGCACUGAAUUAUUGAUGAGGGCCCUGUCGCUCGUCUUCCCCUUGCCACCGCCACCUCGCCAUUGCCUGCCUACUUUGGUCGCUUGAGCCUUCUUGCCAUGGUGCUUUUCAUCCUUACGUUGACGACGCUGACUUUCUG